AAUAAAAUCCAUCAAUCUCAAUCAAUCAGUUUGGGAAAUAUGACUAGGUUUUCUGGCACAACAGUCUGCUUAAAGUGGCACUUCAGUUUCCUUUUCACCUCAAUUAACAUCUGAUUUACUUAACAAAAGGCACAUCUCAAUAGGUGGUCCAGGUAAGUCAUGACAUAGCACAAGUAGGGGAAUGGGGUGCUUGCUCCUCUAUUGUUCCUCAAGCAAGAGGGAGGCCAAUGACAUCACGACUUCCCAUCAAACCAACUCCUUGAAUGCCCUAGUCCUUGAAGUUUGUUUGCAGUUGUGUAAAAAAACAAUAUUUUGCUCUAAACUUUUUUUGUAGUUGUACCGUUUAGUGUGUGUAAUUUACUGUAUCUAUAGGCCUACUUGGGAUAUCACUUUUCAACAGGAACAGUAAAAAAACUUUCCAUCUCUCAAUGAUGUUCCAUGUUGAAUACGAGGCUAUUAAGAAAUAUAAUUCUACUGAUAACAUGGAAUGGGGAAUAACUCACCCAUACAGACAAUUUCACGUAUCCCUUCCCUGCAGAGACCAAUGGACACUGAAGGGGAACCUUGCUGUGAGCCGUCUACUGCCGUCUCAUCACAGAUACCUGGAGAGGAUUGCAAUCACCACGAGCACACACAGGCGCGCUCUUAUAUUUACAUUUUGCCUGUGCCAUAUCGUGUAGAAUAGUCUACAGAGUAUUUGUCUUUGUCCUAUAUAGCCUAGUAGUGCACUUGUUUUUUCAUUUACUGAGGCUAAUUUAUGCAGCUGCCAUGACCAUUUUAUCCUGACGGGGACUGACUGAUGUCUUUACCAUUUCCCACUACUCUAUCACAAGAGCCAUUCGGAAGCACCUGCAUCAACGCGCAAAGGAAGGAGCCCAAUGUUUUCUACUGCGGACAUAUGAACCCAAGACAUUACGCUUUGGAUAUAGGCUGCCCGUAGCCAUGCAACAACACCUCACAUCAAAGAUUCUGUGGGGAAGAAGAUGCUGCUUUGAAACUGGAGCAUUGUUAACCAUGAUGUAGAGGUUCCUUCCGGCUAAAUCGGGUUGGAUUAUGUAGCCUGCGAUAGGCUUGCUGGCGAGUUUACGUUGCCCUGUGAUUUGAACCUCAGUUUUCCUAAAGUGAUCCAUGCCCCUGUGUUUUUGCCUUUGUCAACAUGUCCCCAGCAUCGGCUGCCACGGCCAGUGAGAGCAGCACCACUACCGUUCCAGAGGAGGACACAGAGGAGAGCCCCCGCGAGGAGCAGCGGCCCCUGAAGCAGUCGCUCAGUAAAUCCCUGUGCAGGGAGAGCCACUGGAAAUGCCUGAUCCUGUCCCUGCUCAUCUACGGCUGCGUGGGGGCCAUGACCUGGUGCCACGUGACCAAGGUGACGCGCCUCUCCUUCGACAGUGCCUACAAGGUCAAGUCCAUGAUGUACCACGAAAGCCCCUGCUCCAACGGUUACAUCUACAUCCCUGUGGCCUUCAUGGUCAUGCUCUACGUGGUCUACCUGGUGGAGUGCUGGCACUGCCACACCCACAACCAGCUACAGCACAAGGUGAACGUGGAGAGUGUGGGAGAGCGUGUCGGGCGCAUGCAGCAGGCCACGCCCUGCAUCUGGUGGAAGGCCAUCAGCUACCACUAUGUGCGGCGGACGCGACAGGUAACACGCUACCGUAACGGAGACGCAUACACCACCACACAGGUGUACCACGAGCGCGUCAACACGCAUGUGGCCGAGGCGGAGUUCGACUACAGCAACUGCGGUGUGAAGGACAUAUCCAAGCAGCUGCAGGGCCUAGACUGCUUCCCUGUCACCAAGCUGAGGUUCACCAAGUGCUUUAGCUUCGCCAACGUGGAGUCGGAGAACGCCUACCUGACUCAGCGGGCCCGCUUCUUCACUGAGAAUGAGGGCCUGGACGACUACAUGGAGGCUCGCGAGGGAAUGCACUUGAAGAAUGUAGACUUUAAGGAGUACAUGAUUGCCUUCUCGGAUCCGGACCACCUGCCCUGGUACGUGUCCAACUACGUGUUCUGGACGGCCGCCGCCUUCACCUUCUCCUGGCCGCUGCGCGUGCUAACCGAGUACCGCACGGCCUACGUCCACUACCACGUGGAGAAGCUGUUCGGCUUCGACUAUGUCCCUGUCACGCCAUCUGAGGAGCGACCAUAUUGCCACCACAUCCCUCGGGUCAACACCAUCGACAGCACCGAGUUGGAGUGGCACAUCCGCUCCAACCAGCAGCUGGUGCCCAGCUAUUCAGAGGCUGUACUCAUGGACCUGGCUCAGCUCUCGUCAGGUGGCGGCGGCAAUGCCAACACCUACUCAAUGUGCGGCGGCUACGGCAGCUACCGGCAGAACUGCGAGCGCUGCCACCGCACCAUCAGCAGCUCGUCCAUCUUCUCGCGCAGCGCACUGAGCAUCUGUACUGGGACUAGCCCGCGCAUCCCCUUCAGCGGCAGCCGCUUCUCACUGUCGCGGCUGUACGGAUCGCGGCGCAGCUGCCUGUGGCGGAGCAGCGGCAGCCUCAAUGAGACAUCGUGCCCCACAGAGAGCACGCGCUGCCUGACGCCGUCGGGCCAGCUGACUAGCGAGGAGAAUCCGCCGGACUACCAGGACGCGCUCUACUUCCCUGUGCUCAUCGUGCACCGCAACGAGGGCUGCCUGAACCACUCGCUGCACAGGAACGGAUCCUGCGUGGAGACCUCUAUAUGACCCAGUGCUGGGCCUCCCAGUCCAGACCUGAACAAGGAAUGUAAUGUUACUGUCCUUUCUCUGGGAGGACACUGACUGGAUAAUGAACCUUCCUUUUGGAUCUUUUUUUUUCUCCAUUAGACCACAGAACACAUGACACACCAGUGGCAUUCCGGAACCCUUCCAGACCUCUUCCAACACUGUUUAUCAAAGACAGUACUGAGUUAAAUGCACAUUUUGAAUGCUCACUCCACCUUUUCCAUAAUUUCCUUUGCAGCCCAGCUCAUCUCACAUGAGAUGCCCUCCAGUGAUAUGUUCAUCAUAGUAAGUAAUAGACUAUGUAACUAUCUCAAAGCAUGUAUGAAAAAAAAACACAUUCAUAGGCAAAAUCAGACAGUCUGCGACAAAUGGACAUAAUGAUCUGAGAAUGGUAUUUGGAAGGACAUAUGUUGCGCGGAAUGCACACCACCACCAUUCUGGACCAAUCACAAUGCUCUGUUCAUAUCAGUUUGAGUUUCCUUAACCAAAGUGUCAUGUUAGCUUCCACACUAUCUAUAAAUAGAGAACAUGAAAAGCAAGGUACACUAACAGACAUUGGGCCUGAGAAUAAACUCCACCUUAAAUCGUAGUGCAUUUUGCUGUUGUCAUAACCAGGUAGCAAACAACUUCAAUUGGAACAUCUGUUUUCGAAGUUGGAUAAAAUGUGUUAUUUUGUAAGAGUCUUAGAAGGGAUGUCUUGUGACUGAAAAUCCCCAACACAGCUCAACACAGCUCAAGACAGCUCAACGGUAGAGGCCUUCAUUGGAGAUGACUCAUAAGUGGGGCAUGAGUUUAAGGAACAUAAACAUGAUUUAUUCAAGCCUUAGAGAGCAAUUUGGAGAUGGGAAGGAAAACCAUGACGCCACAUUAAAUAAUUGAGAGCAAGAAAAGUUUAAAACAUCUGACUUAUUUUUCUAGUAAAUGCAUUACUGGAUAUUUGAAAUUAUGUUGCAGAUAUCAAAGUAAAUUCAUACAGACUAUAAUUUGUUUCCCCUCUAGCUCAUGGUUCUUAAUGAAAAGCCUUAGAUGCAGAUCUAAAAUUUUCAUUAAAACAUUACAAUUUGAAACACAUUUGGGCUAUGUGAUGGUGUAGUUGUUUGUUUUGAGGCCAACAAGAGAUCUUUUUACGGAAUUAAAGUUCUUUCAUGAUAAUGAUGAUGAUGUGAGAUACAGCAGUUACAACAUCCAGUUAAUUAGCAACGGGAAUCAAAUAUCACAGGAUGCAAUAACAUUCCCACUUCCUGACCCUCUAAAUAUAGUAACAUAGUCAGACCCAUGAAUAAUUUAGAUCAGGAGGACUAAAUGGUACAAAUACUUCAAACUGAAUCCAUGAGAGAAGUCUUUCAUCGCAUCAUUUUCCUUACUGUCAAUAUUACUGUGUCACUCUUCACUACAUGUUAAUGCAUUUCUGAUUAACUAAUACAUACAACAUCAAUGUGAUUAUAUCAUGUCAACUCAGCUGUCAAUAAUAACCUCAGCAUUGCAUAUCUCCUAUUUUCAAUUAAUAUUUGAACUCAAAAUGAUUAUUAAUUACUAUAUGAAAAAUAAUUUCCUUCAAACUACCUCAUCUUUGUUUUCGUGAUUUAAGUGCUUGACUGUGGGUGCUUUAAAGUUUGGCUUAAAACCACACCUAAACCACAUAGCUCACCUACCCAUUCAUCCAAAACUACACCCUAACAACAUACUGUACUGUAGCUACCCAUUCAUCCAACCAACCAACCAACCAACCAGAAAUACAAAGGCAGAAACAGAGCAACUCAACUCACUGCAUCUCUUCUAGGUAGCAAUAUACUGAUGAGACAGGACAUUUAAUUGAGGCUGGCACCAAUGAUCAGGCCCUGAAAACUUCAAGAUGUGCUUUGUCUAUUGUCAGAAAAAGUAGCUUUAAAAGCAGGACCACGUGCUGAUUCUGAUGAUGCCUAUCAGAAACAGCCAGACAGCAUCACAGAGACCCAAAAUAGACUGAGGGCUGUGUUCAAACACUGAUAAUGUCAGCUUUAAUAAUAAACCAGGAGGAUUCUUGAAGAUCUGAGAAUAAACACGAUCACAACUGAUCAAAUGUUCUAUGUACUAAUGGCUUAUUUCCACUAGCAAAGUUUCAAAGCAAGACCAGGUAAAUAAUAUUUUAACAUAAGUUCAAUAAAUGUGUAGAAUUCACACCUAGGAUUAAUCUAACCACUAGGAAGGGUAGCCUAGUGGUUAGAGUGUUGGACUAGUAACUGAAAGGUUGCAAGUUCAAAUCCCUGAGCUGGCAAGUUACAAAUCUGUCGUUUUGCCCCUGAACAGGCAGUUAACCCACUGUUCCUAGGCCAUCAUUGAAAAUAAGAAUUUGUUCUUAAUUGACUUGCCUAGUUAAAUAAAAUAAAAAAUCACUUAUAAAGUACACAGAAUGGGUGCCCAGCUAGCUCAUGAAGUGAAAAAUCCAACCCACUUCCCCCAGUCCACUGAAAUAUACACACACAUUUUGUAAAUAACUCUUAAAUGGUUUUGAAGGUAGCGGUCAAAGGGCUUUGUUGCUGUGAUCAAACUAAAGCUAACCCUAGGAGCUGGAGUCAAUAUGGCCCAGGAUAAGAGCUAAGCUGACAGCUAGCCAGUCACUUCUGGCCCAGAGGCCUCUGCUAUUUAAUAGAAAACAACUCUGAUGAAUUCAGGGUGAUGGCAGAGCUCAGUAAUCUAUGCCCAGGACUCACACUUACAAUUCACACAUUGUUAUUAGAUCUAUAUACACAAAGGAUAGAUAGGCCUUUCUCCAUUUUAUGUAUCCUACUGACCUCAGAUUCUCACAGCCAUUCCCAUUCUUAUCUCAGAAAUGACUAGCAUUAUUGACUAAUGGGGAUAUGUGAUUGAAUUGACUGUAAACAUUGGAUUGACCACUUAAUAAUCUAACGCUGUCAAAGAUAAACUCAUUCUGCUCAUUCUGAAAAAACAUACACCUAUUUUGUGAAAUCCAGUGAUCAUCCCAUGAACAAAAAUUGCAUUAACAAUAUACUGGUAGAUCUCUUGCAGAGAGUGUAAUACCAGUUCUUUCUCUUGAUGCGUUUCUUCCUUACACCUUACUACCUUUAUAAUGUCACUUGCCACUGGCCAUUUUAGGAAACUAGAUGCGAAGCAAUUAAAGGAAGUUGUUCAACCUCAAUCCCAUUUUCUCGACAACAAACCAAAAAACACUUUAUCUAUACAAUAAAGCAGCAAACAAAAAAUACACACCAGUCAUAACCACAAGACACUGAGUCCUGUCUGGUUAGUUGUGGCUCACCUCAUCAAAAGCGCAUCUAUGCAACCCCCAUAACCAACUCAGGAGUGUAGUCAGGAUAUCCACCUUACAUUUGUCAUAAAUUCUACCCCUUAACCUUUUCUUAUUAUCCCUGUCAGCUGACUUGACAGUGCUGUUUGAUUUGUUUCCCAGAUAGGAGGCUAUGAGGAUGCACUUAAGUGCCCAACGAAUCACAGCAUGUGACGCAGCUCUGUAACCAUACUGAUGCUCCUAUAGCAGAUGAUGGAAGGAAGGUUAUUCUAGCCUAGCUAGAGGUCACACAUGUCAUGGGAAGCACAGUUCACUCAGUCACAGAAUGCCCUCUUUUUCAUUAGAAGAUUUUCAGAGUUUUGAUGAGCUCUCUUUAGAUCACUCCUAUUAUGGCUGAGAUGGGUUGAAGUUAGGAAACAGUAGAUAGUGAAGCCCCAGAGUUUUAGAUUUCAACAAUGGUAAAAAAAAAAAGAUAGUGAUACUGGCAUUAUAUUACCGACAUUACAUUACAGACUCAAUAGUCCAUUGCUCACUGGCCAGCCUCUCACUAAUAAAAAAAAGUUAAUUUAAUGUAGAUAAAACAAUUAUAUCAGAUGGCUUCACUGUGAUAUGUAAUUGUGUACAAAUAAAAGUGUUUAACAGUG